AUGUGCUCCACUGGAUGCUGUUCCACGGGAUGCUGCUCUGUCGUGAAGAGCAAGACCGUGUGCUGCACCCCCUGCAAGACCGUGUGCUGCAGCCCAUGCAAGAGCGUGUGCUGCAGCCCAUGCAAGACUGUAUGCUGCAGCCCCUGCAAGACUACUGUGUGCUGUGAUCCAUGCCAGAAGCCUUGCUGUGACCCGUGCCAGUCCUGCUGUGACCCAUGCCAGAAGCCUUGCUGUGACCCAUGCCAGAAACCAUGCUGUGACCCGUGCCAGACUGUGUGCUGCGACCCAUGCCAGAAGCCUUGCUGCGACCCAUGCCAGUCCUGCUGUGAUCCAUGCCAGAAGCCUUGCUGUGAUCCAUGCCAGACUGUGUGCUGUGACCCGUGCCAGAAGCCCUGCUGUGAUCCAUGCCAGUCCUGCUGUGACCCGUGCCAGAAGCCUUGCUGCGACCCAUGCCAGUCCUGUUGCGACCCGUGCCAGAAGCCCUGCUGUGAUCCAUGCCAGUCCUGCUGCGACCCGUGCCAGAAGCCCUGCUGUGAUCCGUGCCAGUCCUGCUGUGAUCCAUGCCAGAAGCCUUGCUGUGAUCCGUGCCAGUCCUGCUGUGACCCAUGCCAGUCCUGCUGCGACCCGUGCCAGCAGUCCGUGUGCUGCGCCCAGGUGUGCCAGAAGUCGGUGUGCUGCGUGCCCCGGCCCUGCUGCAGCCCGUGCGUGGUGAAGAAGCCCGUGGUGGUUUGCUGCACCCCCGUGAGGAGGAUCUGCACCCCCUGCAUCCCCAUCCAGCAGUGCUGCAUCAAGAAGAGCUGCUGA